AUGGCAGAAAAUACUCAAGACUCCCCCACCACCCAAAUAGACACCGACCACAUCCACACCUGGCUCAAAGAACCCCUCCUCGAAUUCAGUUACAAUAACUUCGCCCGCCAAAUCCAAGUCCGCGAGUACCUCAACAUCACCACCACCAAUCCCGAUGAUCCUGCACACUGGCUCGAAUCCAACAGUAUUGACACCGUCCUCGCCUUGCUAACCCUCAAGUAUCACCGCAACGAUGUCUACAUCUUACCAAUGUAUCAGGGCGGUAUAUUGUACGACAUUGGCGGUCACGACGCCGAGUACGUGUUUGACGAGAACCCCGACGAGAGCUUCAACGGCGACGCACUGAAACCCGUGCGGGAUAGAAAGCACAGGUGGAUCAUUGUACCUGUCAACGAACAGAAAUUGCAGAAAGAAGAUUUCAUGGAGCUAUCCAGAGCGAUGGGCCAGGAGCAGGGCAAGAACGGAAGCAGAGGCAAUGAUGCGGCAUCCAAGGAUAUGAUGGCAAGUGGUGGCCACUGCGGUCUCCUUAUCAUCGACAAGCGCAAGAAGACUGCGCGCUGGAUAGAUGGCAACCUCACUCUUACACCCAGCGAAAAUAAGCCCGGUAGAAUGAAGAUCAACCAUAUGUUUGUAGCUGGUGCCGUGGCUGCAACCAUGGUCCGCGGUGUCGAACGUGUGCUGGGACUCGAGCAUGGAGCAUUCCAUACCAAGACUAUCAAAUACGUUCCUAAUCAAUCAGAGCAUAAUGCUUUCAAGAGCGAUGGCGGUGCGAGUUGCGGACCAUAUCUUAUUGCGUUUCUGGAGUACGUACUGAGUAAGAACGGGCGCCUUGCGAAUGUCGAUAAUGUUUUCAAAGUGGAGACUUGGAAGAGGAAUUGUGAGGUUAUGGCGUUUGAUUCGUUGAAAACGAGAGUGCAUAUGCAGGAGAUUAUUCAGAAGAAGAGUGAGAAGUUAAGCGGGGAGAAGGAGCCGCCGUUGAAGAUGGAGAAGGAGGUGUAUGGAAUUUUGAAGCCCAAGGUUCUUGGGACGCUGGUGGCGGCGAAGUGGAGGGAGUGGGAGGGGAUGAGGGAUAAGGUGGAUUUUGACGAUUAUAAGUUUGGGGGUGGGAAGAGGAGGAGGGGAUGGGGGCGAAGGAAUGGGGGUAGUAGUAGUCGUGGUAAUGGUGGAAGCGGUGGAUGCGGCUCUAGUGGAGGAGGAGGAGGAGGAAGAGGAAAGAGUCCUAGUGGGGGUGAUGACGACAAUGACAGCGGUGGAGGAGACAGGAACGAGGGACGAGGCAUCGGUGACAACGAAGCAGAGGAAGAAGCACGCAUCGUCAGUCUAAUCGAAACAGACGAAGAAGACAUCCUCGACAACGACUUACCCAACCCCGCGAACCCCGCAAAUCCAGCAUCCAAAGAGGUUCUCCGCAGCGUAAUCCGCUCUCAAAUUUGGAACUACGUCGGCAUACCCACAAAAGACGGCGCCUACCUCCGCGCCCUCGAAAGUCAAAAUGAAGCCGCAAAAGCGAUUGAAUCCAGCAACUUCACUGGACCCGCUCCCAGUAUCACCCCCGAACCCGUCCGCAGACGCGCUCGCAGACCUUCUCCUAGAACCACCCCACUCCCUGCCCCUGCCAGCCCUGCCCGCAUCUCCAUACUCCGAUACCCAGAGGGCGUAACCACCGCCCCCCGCGACUUCGCCUCCACAUCCGAAGUCCCCUCGGAAACCCUCCUUCUCUGGCGCCUCGCAAACAUCGAACGCAUCACCGCCUGUCACCUCGGUAGCAAAGCCGCCGAAGACGGCAUCUCCGUGCGUGCAAUCCUACAAACGCUGUCGGGCGUAGAUUUCGAAAAGGAGCCGGAUGAGCGGUUGAAUCAGAUCUGGAUACACGAUCCAGAAGUGUUUACUAGGGAGGAUCGGUGUGGAAAUUUGCUGCCGGGCAUUGUUGCGCGGAGGAUGAAGGAAAGGUAUGAAUUUUUUGAUAUGGAGAAUUUACCGGCUAUGCGGGGGGUGAAGAGGGGGAUUGAGGGGGCGAGUGGAGAUGGGGAUGUAGGAGGUAGUGUUGGGAAGAGGGCCAAGAAGCAGACUGUAGAGCGUUUUGAAUACUAG